AUGUCAUCUUCUGAAUUGGAAACCGAGAUGGGUGAUUUGGCUGGGGCAGCCAAGGCUAAUCCUGGGAUCGGUGGCAUUCAGGUGAAGGAAGAGGAGGAGGAGGAAGAGGAGGAGGAGGAGGAGGGGGAGCAGGACGAGGAGCAGGAGCAAGAGGAGGGGCAAGAAGAGUUGGUGAGGCUAGGGGUUGACAUCAGAGCCCCAGCAUUGCCUUUCGGAGAUGGCAGAUACUUGCGGCACAACCAGACCCAUUAUUUGCAAUGUUCGGAUGACUCGCUCCAGGCAAGGCCAGGCAAGCGCAAGCUCGGGAGUAUGGCCAAGGCCCUCUGCCGGCACAGUGCCUGGACAGCCAGCAGCCGGCAACCCAACCACGCUGAAAGCCCCACGACGGUGUCAUCCAAGCGCCAACGGAAGGCCUCCGCACCAGGAACAAUGGGCGGUGGGACGGUGGCAACACACAAGACGGUGGGCUCUGUGAACGGUUCGGGAUGA